GCGAAUUUCGUCUUGUGCAGAACAUCACUUCGCAUUUAUUUAAUUUAAUCAAUUACAAGGAUGGAGGAUGAAGCUUGGCAGGAUCUCGUAGGUAUCAGCGCCGACCCGCCCGACAGACGCGACAAGUGCGAGAAGUGCAAACGGCCGGUGGUUGUUUGCUGGUGUCCAGCUUUACCGCAUCCGCCGGAAGUGGUGGCUUCGCAGAUUGUGAUCCUGCAACAUCCCGCCGAGGAGAAGAGAUCGCUGCGCACAGCUCUUAUGCUACAGCUGGGGCUGGAACCCGGAAAAUGUGUGGUCUACAAGGGCAAGCGUUUUCCCAACAAAAACCACGCUGACCUGCAGAGUAUCCUCGACUCUCCACAGACGCUACUCCUGUAUCCCAGCCGGGAUUCAGUACCGCUGGAGGAGGUGGACCGUAGCGCUGGUCCCUACACCCUGGUACUCAUAGAUGGCACUUGGCCGCAGGCCAAGGCAAUCUACGCCAGCAGCCCGGCUCUGCACCGCCUGCGGCAGGUGAAACUCAUCGCCGUGGGCAUCAGCGACUACAUCAUCCGCACCCAACCCACCGAGGGCUGCCUCAGCACCCUGGAGACCGCUGCCCAGUGCCUGGCCGUGCUCGAAUCCCGACCAGAGCUGCGACAAACACUUGUGCGACCGCUGCACACGCUCUGCAAGUUCCAACUGGACAACGGAGCCGUGGAGCACCAGUCAAAGGAGUUCCUGCUUAAAAACAACCAGUACCCCAAACCCAUCGGCAAGCGGCUGAGCCGCCUGCUCAGAAACACCACGUGCGAUGGCAACGAGGAUACGUGAUAGAAGGAGUAGAAAAUCAGCGAAGGAGUUGCAUGUGCCUGCGGUUUAUAGCCAACUAGGUGCAUUGCUCGUAGCAUUUUUGGUUUUGUAACGCUAAUAUUAUAAUUUUCUACUGAUUAGUCCCA